UUUAGUUGGUCGUGAAAUAGAGAAUCAGCUGUCACAAAAUGACGUCGUCUGCGUGUUCACUCUGUGACAGUUCUUAAUUUUUAGGUUCUGUACUACUUCUCUUGUAAACUUUUUGUUCAUGUGCUUAUUGCUUUUAUUUGAGAAAAAUGGAUGAUUCUUCUAAGAAGACACUCAGCUCCAUUCCUCUUCUCAAAACAAAAGCUGGACCUAGGGAUAAAGAUUUAUGGCCAAAACGACUAAAAGAGGAGUAUCAAGCUUUAAUUCAGUAUGUUCAGAACAACAAGGCAGCUGAUAAUGACUGGUUCAGAUUGGAGUCAAACAAAGAAGGCACUCGCUGGUUCGGCAAAUGCUGGUUCAUUCAAAACAUGCUCAAGUACGAAUUCGACAUCGAAUUUGAUAUACCAGUCACUUUUCCCGGCACAGCACCAGAAAUAGCAAUACCAGAACUCGAUGGGAAAACAGCAAAGAUGUACAGAGGUGGAAAAAUUUGCUUGUCUGAUCAUUUCAAACCUCUCUGGGCUAGAAACGUGCCAAAAUUCGGUAUCGCCCAUGCAAUGGCUCUAGGACUGGGACCGUGGCUAGCAGUUGAGAUUCCUGACUUAAUCGAGAAAGGAAUUGUGGUUUACAAAGAAAAGACCGAAGAAUCAAGCUCAAGCUAGCCGUUGCUGGACAAUUACGACAAGAUUUCAUUCCACCAAUCAAAAUCCAACACAAUUUCUGUUCAACGAUUCAGAAACGACACACAGAAAACUAUAUUGUUUAUUUCUUUGUAAAUAUAGUAAUACUUUACACAACCUUUACAAAAAGUGAAGAACCUGAAAGUGAUGUUAGUGAGAGUGUUUUUAUUAAGGUACCUAUCACAUAGGCCUAUACAUAUAUUUUUUAUCAAAGUUGUUUUGUUAUCUCAUGUCAGUGUUGUUUGCAAUGUGUAUUGUACAGUAUAAUAAAUACGUAUUUGAUGCAGCAUCAAAUCCAAUUUUUUUGUCAAGCUGAACCAGACAAGGAGACAAGUUAGUGGACAUGUUCAUUACUAAAAAAAAA